AUGAUGUAUGCGAUGAAUGGGAUUGUAGUCAAUGAGUUUCUUGGGCAUAGUUGGAACCGAGUGUUGCCUAACUCAACAGAGUCCCUAGGAGUGAGGAUUAUAACAUCUAGAGGAUUCUUCCCAUAUGCAUAUUGGUAUUGGAUUGCACUAGCAGCUUUGAUUGGAUAUGUGUUCCUAUUCAACUUUACAUACACGCUAGCCCUCACUUUUCUCAAUCCUUUGGAGAAACAUCAAACUGUUAUAUUAGAUGAAAACGAAACCCAAAAUCCUUCAGCUGUUGAGUUACAUUCCAUGAGCAAGAAAAAGGGAAUGAUUCUUCCAUUUGAACCACAUUGUAUCACCUUCGAUGAUGUUAAAUACUCAGUUGAUAUGCCCCAGGAAAUGAAAGAGCAAGGAUUAGUUGAAGACCGAUUGCUGUUAUUAAAGGGUGUGAGUGGUGCAUUCCGACCAGGUGUUCUUACAGCAUUAAUGGGUGUUAGUGGUGCUGGUAAAACUACUUUGAUGGAUGUGCUGGCAGGAAGGAAAACAAGUGGAUAUGUAGAGGGUAAUAUUGUCAUUUCAGGGUACCCAAAGAAGCAGGAAACUUUCGCUCGAAUUUCAGGAUACUGUGAACAAAAUGACAUCCACUCACCUCAUGUCACGGUGCAUGAGUCCUUAAUUUACUCUGCUUGGCUAAGACUGCCAGCAGAUGUUGAUUCUGAAACUAGAAAGAUGUUUGUUGGUGAAGUUAUGGAACUUGUGGAACUGACUCCAUUGAGAGAUGCGCUAGUUGGGUUGCCAGGUGUAAAUGGACUAUCAACCGAACAGCGAAAGCGGUUAACCAUAGCGGUUGAGCUGGUGGCUAACCCAUCUAUAAUAUUUAUGGAUGAACCAACGUCCGGUCUUGAUGCUAGAGCGGCUGCUAUUGUGAUGAGAACUGUUAGGAACACCGUGGACACGGGUAGAACCGUUGUGUGCACAAUACAUCAACCUAGCAUCGACAUAUUUGAAGCUUUUGAUGAGCUACUUCUGAUCAAACGAGGAGGAGAAGAGUUAUAUGUCGGACCAGUCGGUCGCAAUUCCUGCCAUUUGAUCAAGUAUUUUGAGGAUAUCGAAGGAAUAAGUAAAAUCAAAGACGGUUAUAACCCCGCAACAUGGAUGCUAGAAGUAAGUGCCUCAGCACAAGAAAUGGCUCUUGGAAUUGAUUUCACACAAGUCUACAAAAACUCUGAACUUUACAAGAGAAAUAAAGCUCUUAUUAAUGAGCUGAAUACACCACCUUCUGGAUCAAAAGAUCUCUAUUUCCCAACUCAAUACUCUCAGUCUUUCUUCACACAAUGCAUAGCUUGCCUAUGGAAACAACGUCUGUCAUACUGGCGAAAUACUUCUUACACUGCAGUAAGAUUUCUAUUCAGCUUGGGAAUCGGAUUGAUGUUUGGGACAAUGUUCUGGGAUCUAGGUGGCAAAAGGACUUCACAACAAGAUUUGCUUAAUGCAAUGGGAUCUAUGUAUGCUGCUGUUCUUUUUAUUGGGACCCAAAAUUCGUCAUCCGUGCAACCAGUGGUUGCUGUUGAGAGGACAGUCUUUUAUAGAGAAAAAGCUGCAGGAAUGUAUUCUCCCCUAUCAUAUGCUUUUGCACAGGUUCUGGUGGAACUACCAUACGUGUUUGUACAAACAUUAGUAUACGGUGUCCUAGUGUAUGCAAUGAUUGGAUUUCAGUGGACAUUUGCCAAAUUCUUUUGGUAUUUAUUUUUCAUGUACCUCUCAUUACUAUACAUGACCUUUUAUGGCAUGAUGGCUGUGGCCAUGACACCCAGCCCCACAAUUGCUGCCAUUGUGUCUGCCUCAUUUUAUGGAAUAUGGAAUCUCUUUUCUGGAUUUAUUAUCCCACGACCUAGGAUACCUAUUUGGUGGAGAUGGUACUAUUGGGCUUGUCCGAUUGCUUGGACUCUCUAUGGUAUGGUUGCUUCACAGUUUGCAGACUCUGAAGAUAUGCUUGAGAAUGGUGAAACUGUAAAAGAUUACUUGGAGAGAUAUUUUGGAUUUGAGAGAAGUUUUAUGGGUGUAGUUGCGGGUAUGCAUGUUGGACUCACCCUAUUAUUUGCAUUUGUCUUUGCCUUUGGCAUCAAGUCCUAUAAUUUUCAAAAGAGGUAGACCAAUUAUCAGGGAGUUUGAUUAUGAGCAUUCCACAUUGUCAAGAAAGUAAGCAAGGAUUUAGAGGGAAUUGAAGUGCUAAGUAGGAGUCCUAAGAUCCUUGUAAUCUUAUCUUUUUUA